AUGUCAAGCAGAACCAACAUCUCAGCCGGCACCACUAGUGGAGAGAGAAACACAACCAUCAACGAAGUGCCUACGGUUAUGCUUGACGAGUACCUCGCCAACCCUCCGACCGUCACCGAGAUCAUCGCGAACGGAAAGCCGAGAAAACACAAGGCGAAGCAGACGGAGCGUGAGCUCAAGGAAUGGGAGAAGGCCUGGGAGAAGAUGGGAUCUUCUAAGAAGCACCGAUGA